AACAAAACUAGUCUACUUAUUAGGGUUUUUCUUUUUCUCCGUCAUUUUAUAAACCCAAAGAGAUUUUCUUCUGCGAAAAAGUUUCUCUCGGCGGACCUCAAGUUUCUCUGUUUACCUGUUGAUUUUGUUUCGGAUCCAUUACCAACUUGCCAAGAUGAUGAACGAAGAAGGACAGAAUAUGGAUCUUUACAUCCCUAGGAAAUGUUCUGCAACAAAUAGGAUUAUUACCGCAAAAGAUCAUGCUUCUGUUCAGCUCAAUAUUGGACAUCUUAAUGAGAGUGGCAUUUACACUAACCAAUUCAGCACCUUUGCACUCUCUGGUUUCGUCCGAGCUCAGGGAGAUGCAGAUAGUGCAGUAGACCGUCUUUGGCAAAAGAAGAAAGUUGAAGAGAAGCAGCAGUAACCAGUUUCAAACGUCACUUGGGAUAUCUAUGAUGAGGGUGUUGUCUUUGGGAGAAGGCUCUUUGUUUCUUUUUCUUAUUAAGGUCAACGCCAUAAUUUGUUAGCGGUUUAUUUAGGAGUAGAUUUCAAUCAGCAAAACGACCCUGGAGGAUUUUGUUAUACGUUCUUCAUUUGUGUUUUAAAACAAAUGCGCUUACAUUUUGUCUGUUAUAACAGUUUCUACAUCGGAUAAUUAGGCUUCUUUGAUAUAUUCAUUAUGUUACGAUUUAAUGUUCUGUUAGAA